AUGACCACGCAAAUUCUGCCCCAGGAUGUUCCUGUCCCUGCCUCGGUCCUCCCGGCUAGCAAAGACGAUGCCGUUUUUGCGGGCACCGAGGGUGACUACUUCCUGCCCCACAACAGCGUCGAGAUUGAGCGGCUCCAGCGCCAGCACCAGCAUAUCAAGCUUGCUACCGAUGGCAAGCUCGUGCCUGAUGUGCUGCCGGCAGGAGCUGCUGUUCUGGACUCCGGGUGUGCCGACGGCACCUGGCUUCUGGACCUCCAAUCCCAACAGCCCCGCACCUUAGACCUCCACGGCGUCGACCUCAGCCCCGACCUCUUCCGCACGCACCCAUCCCUCACGCUGCGCACGCACGAUAUCCGCACCCCCUUCCCCGCGUCCUUCGGCUUCACGGAUCGCUUCGACCUCGUGCACCAGCGCCUCCUCGUGUGGGGUAUCCAGGCCGAAGACUGGCCGGCUGCCAUCCACCACCUCUCGGCGGCGCUCAAGCCCGGCGUCGGCGUGCUGCAGCUCGUCGAGGCCGAGUGGAUCUUGAACGAGGGCGCGCCGGCGAACUGCCCGGAGCAGCGCAAGCUGAACCUGGUGCAGGACUGGGCGACGGCGGGUAGCGGGAUGGACGUCCGCGUGUGGGACAAGCUGGAGGGGUUGAUGAAGGAAGAAGGGCUGGUCGAUGUGGAGCUGCGGAGCUUCGAUUUCGGCUACGGGAAGACGGCGAAGGGCGGCGAGGAGGUGCAGCGCCGCAGCGCAGAGUUGUGGGUGGAGAGCUUUAGGCACGUGGCGAGGAAGAUUGUGGAUGGGGAGGGCAUUCCUGGCGUUGCGAAGACGGCGGAGGAGUAUCAUGAGUUCUUGGACAGGUUGGUGGUGGAGAUGAAGACGUAUGGAUAUACGCCGCGGUUGAAGUGGGUCCGGGGCCGUAAGCCUCUUGCGUAA